AUGGUGUGCUCCGGACUCUGGACUCUCCAGAACCCAGACUCUCCACUCCUCAGACUCUCCAGACCCCAGACUCUCCAGACCCCAGACUCUCCAGACCCCAGACUCUCCACUCCUGAGACUCUCCAGACCCCAGACUCUCCAGACCCCAGACUCUCCAGACCCCAGACCCCAGACUUUCCAGACCCCAGACUCUCCAGACCCCAGACUAUCCAGACUCUCCAGACUCUCCAGACCCCAGACUCUCCCGACCCCAGACUCUCGUUGGUGCUAAACUUUCCCCAGUUCUGCCCUGAACACGACCCCUCAGCCCUCCUCAGCCCUCCUCAGCCCUUCUUAGCCAGACUUGCUUGUACCUAUAACUGGUUCUGUGCGGCUGAUGGUGUCUGA